AUGGUCAAAUUACAGCCGAUAUUCAAGAAAGCCUACUGGGCACUUGCAGCCGGUGGGCUGGUCUAUGUUCUCUUCGUCACAGCUUUGACCUUCCCUGAAGUGCAGCGUUUCUUUUUAUACGCGAACAAGGUCAACCCGGCAUAUUGGCAGGAUGUUAAUCAGGUCGAGCAAUUUGGAUUUUUGAAAACUCAGGUGCAGCCGUUCCAUCUGGUAACACCAGAUAAUGAAACGCUCUAUGGGUGGCAUUUGAUGCCACUGCAUCUUUGUUAUGAGCAUGAAGAGAUGCUCAUGAACAGUCCACCUUCAGGGCCGGCUGAGGACUAUUCUCUGACCAAUGCCUUCAAGCUACUUGCAGAGAACCCUAACGCCCGAGUUGUUGUCAGCUUUCAUGGAAAUGCUGCUCAUCUGGGCUCUGCUCAGCGACCUGCCAACUACAAUGCCCUGUUGGCUCUGUCCACCCCCUCACACCCAGUCCACGUCUUCGCCAUGGACUAUCGUGGUUUCGGUGUUUCGACAGGCACUCCAACCGAAGAGGGAUUGAUCACUGAUGGAGUCUCACUUCUGAACUUUUUGACGGCUGGGCCUCUCCGGAUUCCACCUUCUCGCAUCGUCAUCAUGGGCCAGAGUCUGGGUACAGCUGUUACUGCGGCCGUGGCUGAGCGAUUCGCCUUUGGUUCUCCUGAUCCGAAGGCUAUUCAGCCUGCGAUCAAAGACCCUGAGCCCUUUGCCGGAGUGAUUCUGUUGGCAUCUUUCAGUAAUCUGGCAAGUCUCAUCAAGUCCUACAGCGUCAAGGGUCUGACUCCGCCCAUGCUGUCCCCCUUGAUCGGGUAUCCCCGUUUCCAGAAAUGGGUCAUGAGCCACAUUGUGGACAGCUGGGACACAGCAGGACGCGUUGCUCGGUUGACCGGCGUCAACGGUACAAAGUUGGAAGACGGCAGCAGCUCUAGACAUGUUCACAAGGACCUUGACCUGACUAUAGUGCAUGCUAAGAAUGAUAUUGAGAUCCCCUGGCGUGAAGGCCGUCGUAUCUGGACCGCAGCGACUGGAGAGAACACUGGGAAGGAGCAUGGUCGCGUGGUCUCCGCGAUUAAUACAGCCAGUGGUUCGCAAAUUGAAAUAUGGGAGAACAGGAUCCCUAGUAGCUCUCAAGGGGAAGAGGCUACGAAAAAGGUCCGGUGGGAACGUGUUCAGUAUGGAGGUCACAACAAAGUAGCAUCGUUCUCUGUUGCCGGCCUUGCUGCCCUGAGAUCAUUCGAAGAGUAA